UGACUGAGCAUGCUAAUCAAGAUCUUCUGGUGGCACCUCAAGCAUGAUGAUUUGUCAUUUCUAUCAAUGAUCCAACAAGGUCUGUCAUGUGAGAAGAGUUGCAGCAUCUUCUAAUUAAGUACUGUCCAUGCAGGAGGAGACACUUUUAUCUUCUGCAGCAGGAGAAGAGGAAGACGAAGAAGGCAAAGGAGUAAUUACGGUGCAAAUGUAGCAUGAAAGUAAUUAAUCUGAGGGACAUUCUACAACUUCUUGCACCCAAGGGAUUAAAAUGGUCCCUGCUGGUGAGAACACAAGUGUUUUAUCACCAGCAGAAGGUUGUCCAAACUGCAGCUCCUCCACACACCCAGAGGUGGAUGUAGUCAAGGCACUGGUUUUGGGGGUGGUGGUGGUGGUGUUUGUACUCUUCGGGAUUCUCGGCAACAUCCUGGUCAUCCUGUCUGUUUUAUGCCACCACCAGUGGCGCUCUGUGACACAUUACUUCAUUGCUAACCUGGCAGCGGCAGAUCUGCUCCUCAGCGCCGCUGUGCUCCCCUUCUCUGCCAUUGCUGAGGCACUGGGCAGAUGGGUGUUUGGCCGAGUUUUCUGCAGCAUCUGGGCUGCCUUGGAUGUCCUCUGCUGCACUGCAUCCAUCCUUAGUCUGUGUGUGAUAUCUAUCGACCGCUACCUGGCUGUCAGCUACCCAUUGCGCUACUCCACUAUGGCGACUGGUCGGCGAGGCUUGGCUGCAGUGGCCGCUCUCUGGGGGCUCUCGGCAGCGAUAUCUGUUGGCCCUCUCUUUGGCUGGAAAGAGCCCGACCCAGAAGAUGAAACAGUGUGCCGGAUCACGGAGGAGCCAGGCUACGCUCUUUUCUCAGCAUUAGGCUCUUUCUACAUUCCUCUGGCUAUCAUCCUUGCUAUGUACUGUCGUGUGUAUACCGUGGCGAGGAGAGAGAUGCAAAAUUUACGGAAAGGCAGCAAAGGGGAAGUGGUUGAGAAUGAAGGAGUGAUGCUGAGGAUUCACAGGGGACAACCUUCUCAGACGGGGAAGCAGGAGGAUUCAGAGAAGACCAUGAGGCAUAAACGGUCAACCUUUGCCCUGCUGAAGUUCUCAAGAGAAGAGAAGGCAGCCAAGACCCUCUGCGUUGUAGUUGGGUGCUUCGUGCUCUGUUGGUUACCGUUUUUCCUGGUUUUACCCAUCGGAUCCAUCUGUCCAUCUUGCAAGCCUUCUGAAACCAUCUUUAAGAUUACCUUCUGGCUGGGUUACUUCAACAGCUGCAUUAAUCCCAUUAUCUACCCAUGCUUCAGCCAGGAGUUCAAGAAAGCCUUUCACAAUGUGCUCCGUCGGCGCUGCCUGAGAGCCGGGGCACCGACUGCCAAACCACAAGGGUGCGUCAGCUCACACACCUCAAGUCCAGGUCCUACAUCUAAUGUCACCGAGUUAUCAACCCAAGCUCAUGUCGCCAAGCUGUCAUGGGGCUGCUGCAGGGCGAUCAGAGCUCCAGAUCAGCUGCAAAGGCCCCAGAGUAAGAGCCUGCUGAAGGCUUGGUGCUUCUCAGCGCGGAGAACGCCGAUAGCCCGAGAGCCCUGCAAGCACGGCUCAACCAAGGUCUUGUGUUUUUCUCUUGGCAUUAAAGGAGAGGCCGUUUGACUGGAACACUUAAGAUAUGUGAGCUGCAGACUUUGCACUUGAAUUUGUUCGAGUUUGGUCGUGCCUUGGGGAAAUAAUUUUACAUGUAUAUGCAUGUUCAUCAGCGGAAUCAGCGUGCAGGACCAGCAUGGAGCGACUCUCCAGGGCAGCCUUCAUCAUUUAAAUCAAAUACAGAAUGAGAAAAGUCUGUCAAUAAUACCUUCUCUCCAUUCUCUGAUCACGGCCAAGCAGGUAUU